AAUGAAAACUAUUUUUAAAAAGAAUUAUGUUUAGACUCUUCCUUUUCAGGCUGUUUAAUGUUGUCUAGUUUAUGUAAUUAAGUCCGUAAAAGCAACACCUUUUAGCUGCAUUGGCGAGAGAAUUCAUCAGUGUUCACAAGAUUUGGGAAGACACAGCAAAAGCAGCUGCGCAGAGAAGAAGAAGAAGCGUACAAAUUGCAGAAGAGGAAGUAGAAGAUUCUAUGGGUGCUUCAGAAUCUACACUCUCCGGUUCUCAGGGAUUUGGUGAUGAGAUCACUACUGUAUCUGAGCGAUCACAAAGUGUUGAUCCUAUAUUGGACAAGCUUACUUCACUUCAAAUUUCCAGGCCAAUUUUAACUUCAAUUCCGGAGCAAGACAGCAGCUUGACUGAUAUUUUAGUGAGAAAGCCCUCAUCUUCAUCAACUCACACUACUGUGAGUCCAAAAGUACUACUGGAGCUAUUCUCAAUGUAUCGUGAAUGGCAGGAACAGAAGGCCCAACAGAUUGGCAAGAAACAGGAAGAUAUUGAAAAUAAGAUAGAAGUCGCAGAUGCUCUGGCUACCAAACUGCUUCAACGAUUUAAUUUUUCAGUGACUGCAAUGAAGACUACUUCACAACAUUUAUCAGAAGUUCAUGCAUUGCAGGUACAGAUUGGUGAGCUGAAAGGGAGGUUGACUGAGGUUAUUAGCAAUUUCGACACCCUCUGUAAGAGAAUUUCCACAGAGGGACCAGAAUCUCUCCGAUCGUCUGUUGAGCCAUUUAGAAAUGCCAUAGCAGACUCAGACUCAUCGUUGCUGCUAGAUACAAAAAGAAACCUGCUAUCAAACGAAACCAAGAAAGACUGAGCUUAACCCUCCUUGUACUGUACGUAACGUCAUCUAACCCUUUAUUUGAUAGGGAAGUUUCUACUCAUAUGAUAGGAUGAGAUGCAAGGAAAUGUGAUAUUUUUGUAUAAUUUGACUCAAAGAUCACCCCCUAGAUUGGAGCUAGAUCCAAAAAUAAACCUGCUUUCAAACGAAAACCAAGAAAGUCUGACUUUAA